AUGAAGCCGUCAUUCGUCGUCGAUACUUUAGUCAGUUCCGCUUCCUUUAAAAGCCGCCGGAUUUGUCGAAAUUGUUUUCCCAGUAGACUCGAAAGCACCGGCGGCCGAUUCAAUAUCGUAUGAUGCAAAUUUCUAGUUAGAAAUUUUUAGUUGCAGUUCCGUCUGAAUCCUAUGUGAGUAAAUUCUACUUGUAGUUUUCGAUUUCCAUUUGGCGCUCGACCUGAAAAGUUAAGGAUUACAGAGAUCGACUGGUUGUUGCAAGGGAUUUGCCGACAUUUGCAACAAAGGUACAAAGUAGGCAUGAACUUGUCUCUGAGUGACAUUAAACAGGUCAGGAAUACAUUAAAAAGAGCACCGCCACCAAGGGCUCCAGUGAGCCCUUCCACGGAUCAAAAUGGAGGUAACAAUGAUGCUGUAUCGGUGGAAUCUGUCAGACAAAGAUUUGAACAAAAACGAGUACCACCGCAGAAGCUAAAUUCAACCCCAUCACCAAGUCAAGAUCAUGGCAAACCCACAGAGGAAAAGGUUUUAUCUGUAGCAUCGGCAAGAGCAAAGUUUGAACAAAAACAGAAACCUGUUAAUAGGGUUCCUCCUCACUGGAAGCAAAGUGAUGGGAACCAGUCCAAAACAGGCUUACUUAGAUUGGAUAAGAACAGUAAUGCCAGUGGGCACAAGAACAUGGAACCACCACGCAAGGAGCUACCCAACGUUUAUAGAAUUGGUGCAGCUCCACCCAAACCUGCCAAACCAAAAAACCUAAGGUUCAUGCUGAGAAAAUACAAGGACAAGAUCGUUUUAUCAAAAUGCCUAACCACUUCGAUUCAGGCAUCCACUAAAGAUGACAAAUAUGAGGACACUGAGGAAAUAUAUGACGACACUGAAGAAUUAUAUGAUGACGUGGAAUCUGUGCAACCAAGGAACGGAGAUGACCAAUCAGAUGACAUUUAUGAAGCUGUUUAGCUUGGGACUUGAAUUGUUUUUACCGUCUUCUGUGUGGCCAGUUGUGGUGGAUGAGGUCAUAGUCAAACUAAAGGAAAACUAUCAAUCUUGAUGAAAAUUUUAUUAGAAUUUAUGCGCUAUUUUGAGAGAAUACUGAAAUGAACUUCAAAUUUAUAGGCUUUGGUUCAUCUCCACCUCAAAUUGUGGGUGAACAUACUGGAGUAAACAAGUAUAAAGACAAAAUGUGUUAUAGUAAUACUGACUGAAUGUGCACGAGUUAUUUACCUUAAAACUAUUUUGCUGUUUAAUUUCAUUUUUCGAUGUAAAGCUUUCAAACUGGCUGUUAACUAGACAAUAGACAGCUGCCUAACUAUACAUCGUGGUAAUAUCAAAAGAUGUAGCAAAAAGAUAAUUUAACAGUCAUAGUUUUGGCGAAAAACGAACUAAAAUGUAUUUGUAUUAAGAGCAUAGGUUUAUAACGAAAAUGUGGUGCUGUGUCGGUGGGGGGAAUAGUACACCAUUUAGUUUUAUCGACAGAGUACAUAAGUAGUUUUUAAAGUUCUACAGUGGCCAAUGUACAUCAUCAUUAUUAUUAUCAAGUUGGUAAAUAAUGGUAAUUGAACUGAGUGGAGAGCAAUUUGGUCUGGGAUCAUACGCGUGAUUUGCGAUCACAAGUAUGAUUUUAGACCAAAAUUGCAUGACAAGAAGUUCUAUCACCACUUUAUUGCAUUUUUUUGAGAUCGCAAAUUCAAUCCCCAAAACAAGUUUCGCCAUUUUGGUUUGUAAAAAUAUUUCAUUGAUUCAGUAUAUUAAAACGGUUUGUAGAGAGUUGCAAAA